GGCCAUUUCUGCCUAUCUGAACCCCAGCAUUUCCCAUUAAUCUGCAAGCCCUGCCUAUCUGAUAUAGUCUCAUCAAUCUACCCACAGCCAGGGACAGAAACUGUAGUUAUGGUCAACAAGAAAAAUAUUUGGAUAAAAAAAGAGGGAACAGAUGAGAUAUGCACUGAACCAGGCCCUAUGAUCCAAGUCUACCCAACCAGUGUUAAUUUAAAAGAAGAUUGGGAGGAGACGGCGAAUCAAGAGGUGGUAACAUCAACAAGAUAUGCAUUCAACAGUAGAAGGUUGAUUCAACGUAGGGGUGAUAGUUGUGGCAUUUCAUUUCAAGAAACUAUUAAUGAAAGAGUUGUCCAUGAUGAACUGAAGAUAGGCACAUGGGAAUCAACAAAUUUCACCAUGUUUGGUACACACACAGAAGGAUUGACCUCACAAGAAGCUAACGUACUCUGCACGAAACUAAAAUAUCGUUCGAGGGAAAAAGAACUGCAGAAAUUUAGUUGCAGUUUCUGCCUACAGAGCUUUCCCUCAAAAUAUAAACUCAUAAAGCAUGUCUUCACGCACAUAGAUGGUGUGCAGCCGCCUAUAUAUAUUUGUAAGUUGUGUGGUGAAGUAUUUCCCAGUAAUGGUAGCUUAAACAAACAUGGGAAAAUGGGUGUGUGUGAUCAAGCUUUACUUGCCAGUAUUAAUGAGAAAUUUGACUCUAGUUAUAACCCCAAAAAAACUGCCUUCUUGGAUCAUGAUCAAGAACUUUCUAUGUUGGAACAGACUGAGAAGCAGUCUUCAUCUAAGGACUCUGGGAAGACUUUAAAAAAAACCUUUAAUGACGUUUGUAACACACUAACUAUUUCACGCAACUCAAAGAAACGAGACAAAGGUGAAAGUAAUUCAACUUUAACAGCAGCUAUUAAAGUAAGUACAAACACUGUUGGACUUACUGUAAAGAGACCCCACAAAUGUGAUAUAUGUGGCAACUGCUUUACACAGCUGGGUUCUCUAAAGAGCCAUAUAUUAAUACACACUGGGAAGAAACCUCACAAAUGUGAUGUGUGUGGCAAAUCUUUUACACAAUUGGGUACUCUCAAGAGCCACGUCUUAAUACACACUGGAAAAAGACCACACAAAUGUGACAUUUGUGGCAAAUCUUUUACUCAGUUAAGUACUCUCAAGACACAUUUAUUAUUACACAAAGGAAACAGACCACACACGUGUGAAAUAUGUGGCAAAUCGUUUGCUCUGUUGCGUGGUCUGAAGUGCCAUUCAUUAAUACAUGCUGGUAUAAAACCACACAAAUGUAAUAUUUGUGGUAAUUCUUUCACUCAGUUGGGUCAUCUCAAGGAGCAUGUAUUAAUACACAUAGGAAUAAGACCACACAAAUGUCAUGUAUGUGGCAAAUCUUAUACCCAGUCAAAUACUCUCAAGAAACAUGCAUUGACACACAUGGGAAGGAGACCAUACGAGUGUGAUAUUUGUGGCAUGUCUUUUACUCAGUCGGGUAAUCUGAAGACUCAUUCCUUAAUACACACUGGACAAAGACCCCAUAAAUGUGAUAUCUGUGGCAAGUCUUUUGUCCAGUCAGGUACUCUGAAGAGUCAUAGAAUAAUACACACUGGAAAGAGACCGCACAAAUGUGGUAGUUGUAACAAAUCUUUUACUGAUUUACGUAAUCUCAAGAGACACGAAUUAAUACACACUGGUAAGAGACCCCACAAAUGUGAUAUCUGUGGCAAAUGUUUUACUCAGUUGGGCAAUCUCAAGAGGCACGUAUUAUUACAUACUGGAAAGGAAUGAAAACAUCAAUAUCUGUAGAUGGUCCCCUCGAGAUUAAGAGAGCAUGCAACAGUAUGAAAAAACAUUUCUGCAGCUUGACAUUUCGAUAAAUUGCUGUAUUAAGUACUGCAGAUAUCACUAUAAUGAUUUUUGGUGUUUGUCAUUAUGCUCCUAUCAGAGUUAAGACUAAAAGUUGCUGAACUGUGAGAAAUCUCUUGACUGUUGCAGUAAUCAUAAGUACCAUGUGCUCUAGAUAAGGCAAGGAAAUGUAAUGGUAUUUUUCAUAUCACUUCAAGGAUGGUGUCAUUCUGAGAUCCAUGAAGCUGUAAAUGCUAGGCAGAAGGAGAUGGUUAAAAUACAACGUUUGUGACACCCUUCACUCAGGAAAGUAAUUUUAACACUUGAGAAAGAUAGCAAAACUUUUACAGUUAUAGAAGUUACUUCUCAGAGGUAUGCUUUCACUACACUAAUGUUGUGCAAGUAACUAAGUGUACAUGUAUGAUUCUAUGUUAUAAAAUGCCUCUUAAUGUCUAAAUACAUAGGUGGUCGAAAACAUUAUGAGAACUGCCUAAUAGUGUGGUGGUCCACCGUUGGAAUAUACUACUGGAAAUAUUCUGCUUGGUAUGGCCUUGUGACAUGGUUAGUUAUCCUACUGGAAGAUGCUAUUAUCUUCAGGGAAGACAUCAUGCAUUAAGGGAUGCAGGUGGAAGCAAUAAUGUUCAUGUAGAGCCCAGUGGUGAGGUAUAUGACAAUACUACAUGGCCUAUAGCACCCCAGAUGAAUGUCCACUAUGUCACAAUUUUGGACCCAAAUGCUUGUAUCUGGGUAUGAUAAUUGAUGUGGUGCAACAAGAAAGUCACUUAUUCAGCAUGGUGACUAAAUCCAUUGACAAAAUACAAUGCUGUUUGAGCAGUAUGUAGAAUUUGUGUGCUUUGGAGCCUCAUGUUCAGCAAUGUGUGCUGAAUGGUGUGCACCUACACCAAGUAGCAAGUUUAUGGUUUCACUGCCCUUCAAACACUUUCCUUGCAUGCUCACAACAGUAGCACACCAACUUUGCCACCUCCUAGAAGGUCAUUGCCAACCACCAGGACAUAACAAACUGCUCUUUGAUUAUAUCACUUAUGUCAGUGGAUUUACAACGUUGGGUCCUAUACCAUCACUAGAGUGAUUCCCCAUUCAUAUACCUUGUGUAUGCCAUUGUACAUGGCAGUAGGUGGCAUUUGACCUCUUGUUUGAUGGCAGUCAUAAUAUUUUGGUUCAUCAGUGUAUCUCGACAGAAGGCAGCCAGUUGGUAAAAUGUGUAGUUUCACAAAUCUUACCAUAAUUGGUAGCCUUUUGUACUAAAUGCCGCUGUCUAUUAGACAGCUGUAUUUCUUUUGAAAUGUGCAAUGUGUAUUACACAGCUCUAUCUGGGAUUCAGAAUAAAUAAAGUUUAGUACCAUGUAUAAAAACUUCUGUUUGUCAUUGUUUACCACUGUAUAACUCCUAGGCAUAAAUAAAAGUGCAAAUGAGUGCAUCAUCUAAUGUUAAUCUCUAACUCCAGUUGCUUGAAUAAAACGCAAUGACAACACUCAAAUGACCUGCAAGUAUGAUUGCUAACAACCUGAAUUUAACCCAGAAGCAUAAUUUUUCAUUAUUCUAAGCAAAUAUAUUAAAUGACAAUAAUUUUUAAUUGCUUCCUUUGUUUUAUUUUAACACACUAAC